AUGGUGGGAAGAAGAAAAAAUCGUGCGGCUGCACAGCCUGCCAUCCGUACUCCCAGCAUAUCUACGCGUUCAGGGCGCACAGCUCAAGAUGUCAUUGCCACUCCUACCCGCGGCAGAGGUCGCGGCAGAGGUCGUGGUCGCGGUCGUGGCCGCUCCAGCCUGCCUGGGCGUCUUCCAUCCAGCAUUGAAACGCCAACUGAAACCCAGUCACUAAUUGUUAAAUUAAAAGUUCCUUCAUUGUACUUGCUGGAACGUUCCAAUUCUAUGGACACUGAUGUGGAUGAAAGCGCAUCAAAUGCCAUGCAAACUCCACACACUCCGCGAACGCGGCGGCCCCGGCAGCCAAGGCCUGUGCCCGAGUCUUCGCGGACUACUCGGCAAUCAGCCAGAUUGAAGCCCAAUGAUGAUGGGACCUUCUCGGAAGAUGUUUCGCCCACCAAAGUUGUCGAGCCCGAUUUCAGUCACCAAGAUGUUGACAUGGAUGAUUCGCAACAAUACGAUGACUACAAGUCUGAACCUCCCAUCUCAAAAACUUCCCAAUCACCCGAACCUCGCAUGGUUGCUUCUGCGCCAGCGUCCCCUUCAGCCGGUCAACUUGGCGCUGCCGAUGAGUUAUCCGAUGCAAUGCCUCAUGAUUUACCUGAACCAGCCAAAGCCAAGGAUGAGACUCCUGCCGAGAACAUCAAUAUUGCCGAUUUCGAGCAGGCACCUUUCAGUGCAGUUUCAACGCCUCGCCUGUCCCGCAAACGCAAGUCAAUUGAAAUGGCAGAUGAUACACCGGAAGUUGAUUCCGAAGACGUGAUUAAUAAAAAGUCUCGGAAUGAUGAGACCGAACCCGAGGAUACACCCGACAGCCCCAUGCAAAAUGGCACAGAUAUUGACACACAAAAUGAAACAUCGCCUGAGGAUAUCCCUGUUCCUUCUGAGGAGUUUGAUCCAACGAGCCUCCCGCCUGCCGUUCGAGGAGGCCGAGGUCGCGGAAGUCGCGGUGGUCGUGGCCGAGGUCGUGGCCGGGGUCGGGGUCGUGGCAGCCGUGGUGGCUUUGUUGGCCCUAUUCGUUCAGCAGUUGCAAAGCCCCGUGGAGGCCGCGGGCGUGGUCGAGCUAAACAGACUACCAUCGUCAAGCGUGGCAAGAGGAUCGAAGAUGAAAUCUGGGACUCCGAACUCUGGCGUGGCCCUACUCCAUCGCCGACUCCCGAAUCACAGCGAACAAAAGAUCGCCAAGAAGAAUUAUCAGUACUCUUCAAAAAAGUUGGCCACGCACAGCAGAUUGCCCUGAGCUUAAUUGCGGACCAAAACAUGCACAAACUUGCUCGCGAGAAAAAUGCCCACAAGGAUUGUCCUGAAUUCGCUCAUAUUCAGCAGGAACUGGACGGGCAUCAGCGCAAGGCAAUUGAUAGGAUAACGGCUCAGCACCAGCUGAAGACUACAUUGGAGAUUCAGAAGCGUGAUGCCAAACUUCACAUUAUCAAGGAUACGGCAGCGCAUCUCAUUGAAGAAGUUCAAGAUGAAAUGACCACCAUGCUUAUGGGUAAAGUGAUGGCAUUAAUUCAAGGCCGCAAGAUUGCCGAAGAUGACGAACACACAGAGACCGAUACAUCCGACUCUGAGAAGUCUGAGAAAAUAUUCCUCUUCCGUGAUGGCGACAAAGCCGCUCGCCAGGUCGAACGUGGCUUUGCCGCCGAGGCAGUCCGAGACCCAGAAGGGGCGAUCGACUUCGACGCAGCGGUGGACGGCUGGGAAGAAUUUGUCCAGAAAGUCCGCAUGGGCAAUCUUUCUGUCGCCAACGAGCUCACUGACGAGGAUGCUCUACGACAAGUCACCAACACCGCUUUCCAAAGCAUGCUCCACGCAGCAACCUUUAUUACCGAGACCGAAGCAGCCGGCAAAAUUAUCUCACUUGACGGGACCGUUGAAGUUCCCGUUGACCCCCGCGCCCUCUCCAUCUUGGCCGACACGGCCCUGGCCGAGCCAACGGUCCCUCACCUCCCCAUGAUGCGCACCGAUCCCAUGCACCGCAUGAUCCCCCAACAACCACACCAGGUGCACCUGGGUCCCACCGACCCUCGAUCCUUUAUUCUCCCCCGCCCAACCCCAACCCAGCCGCGCCGCCUUCUCCCCGCGCGCGGCAUGGGCCUCCCGGACCCGUUCGCCAUGAACGGUCCACCACAGCUCCCGCCGCCGCCAGGCUCCAACUUUGCCCGCCUGCCAAUGCCAGGCUAUCUGCCCCCACCAGGUCAUGCGCCAGGUCAUCCCACAGCCCACGCCCCUGGGCCGGGUCACCCACCCCCAGGACAUGGGCCUCCGGGUCCUCACUCCUUGUAUUUCCCGCCGCCGAGCUCACACCCGCGCCGGUACUAG